GACCUGGAGAACCCCGUGGACGUACCUGUGGGGUGGCUGCACCGGGGGGACAUUGGGGACCUGGUGGAGCUCAGCGGGGAUGAGGACGAGGCGCUGUGGGUCACUGAGGGGGCCAGGGCUCCCGGUGCCCCCCACACGCCUGAUGCCUCGGAGAAGAAGUGGGUGAAGAGCAAGCUGAGGCGCUUCAUCAUCAAGCGGCCCCCGCUCCAGAGCCUGCAGGAGAAGGGGCUCAUUCGAGACCAGGUGUUCGGGUGUCGCCUGGACGCCCUGUGCCAGCGGGAGAGCACCACUGUGCCCCGCUUUGUCCGGCUCUGCGUGGAGGCCAUCGAGGAGAGAGGCCUUGACGUUGACGGGAUCUACCGGGUCAACGGGAACCUGUCUGUGAUCCAGAAGCUGCGUUUUGCUGUGGACCGGGAGCGAGCCGUGACCUCAGAUGGGCGCUAUGUCUUCCCCGAGCAGCUCUGCCAAGAGGAGCGGCUCAGCCUGGCAGACCCAGAGUGGAGUGACAUCCACGUGGUGACCGGUGCCCUCAAGCUCUUCUUCCGGGAGCUGCCUGAGCCCCUAGUGCCCUACGGACUCUUUGACCCCUUCAUUCAAGCUACCAAGCUGCCAGACCCCCAGGAGCAGGUGGAGCGGGUGGCUGAGCUGGUGCAGAGCCUGCCUCCUGCCAACUAUGCCACCCUGCGGUACCUCCUGGCUCACCUCUGCCGGGUGAUGGAGCGGGUAGAUGUCAACCACAUGACACGCCAGAACAUCGGCAUUGUGUUCGGGCCAACGCUGCUGCGGCCGGAGCGGGAGCCGGGCAGCCUGGCAGCGGGCAUGGUCCAGCAGAACCAAGCUGUGGAGCUGCUGCUGGCACACUUUGACCGCAUCUUCCCUGCAGUCCCCUGA